UUGCUACAAAUAUUCGGAAUGUCUAUCUUGGGUUAUGCACCGAUAGAUUUAGUCCAUUUGGAAUGUCUGGUAGACAAUAUUCUUUGUGGCCAGUCAUUCUUACGCCGUAUAAUUUACCGCCGGAUAUGUGCAUGGAACAAGAAUUUCUAUUUUUGACCAUAUUAAUCCCAGGGCCGAAGCAUCCAAAACGGUCUCUUGAUGUUUUUCUUCAACCGUUGAUAGAAGAGCUAAAGCAAUUGUGGUCAGAAGGGGUGAGGACGUACGAUUGUUCCUUGAAAAACAAUUUUACGAUGCGAGCAGUUCUGAUGUGGACGAUAAGUGAUUUUCCUGCUUAUGGGAUGUUGUCUGGCUGGACAACACAUGGAAGAUUAUCUUGUCCGUAUUGUCUUGGAUCCACGGAUGCUUUUCAACUGAAGAAUGGUAGGAAGAGUUGUUGGUUUGAUUGUCAUCGUCGGUUUCUUCCACUUGCCCAUCCGUACAGAAGAAAUAAGACAUUGUUUCGACACAAAAAAAUUGUGAGAGACAGUCCUCCUCCAUAUCUCACCGGCCAGCAGAUCGAAGCGGACAUUGAUUAUUACGGAGCUCAGGAAACAGUUAAGGUUGGAGGAAAUUGGCAUGUUCCUGGAAAUAUGCCUGAUGGGUAUGGUGUAUCUCACAAUUGGCAUAAGAAGAGUAUAUUUUGGGAGCUACCCUAUUGGAAGGAUCUUCUCUUACGCCACAAUCUGGAUGUCAUGCAUAUCGAGAAAAACUUUUUUGAGAACAUCAUGAAUACAUUACUUAACGUCCCUGGGAAGACAAAAGAUAACAAAAAGUCAAGGAUGGACUUACCUGAUAUUUGCUCAAGAAGUGAGUUACAUAUCAAGAGCAAUGGAAACGUUCCUGUUCCCAUCUUCCGGUUGUCAUCAGCAGCCAAAACAACCUUGUUUGACUGGGUUGCAUCGGAAGUUAAGUUUCCUGAUGGUUAUGUUUCAAAUAUGUCAAGAUGUAUUGAACGAGGUCAAAAGUUCUCCGGAAUGAAAAGUCAUGAUUGUCAUGUGUUUAUGCAACGACUGCUUCCAUUUGCUUUUGCCGAGCUCCUUCCAGCAAAUGUCCACGAAGCACUUGCAGCCAUCGGAGCAUUUUUCAGAGAUCUUAGCACACGUACGUUCAAAGAAGAAGUCAUCGAACAACUUCAUCAGAACAUUCCGAUCAUAUUGUGCAACCUGGAGAAGAUAUUUCCUCCUUCAUUUUUUGACGUCAUGGAGCAUCUAGUUGUCCACCUACCGUAUGAAGCAUUGCUUCGUGGACCUGUUCACAACGGAUGGAUGUAUCCGUAUGAGCGACAGAUGAAACAUCACCUAUGUAUUUCACACGAGGAUUUACCUUUCACACAUAUGAGUAUGGGAGACAUCGGGCAACGAGUAACUACGGAAUAUGUGUGAAAGGUGAAACAGACUUUUACGGGAUAUUGCAGGAGAUUAUUGAAGUGGAAUUUCCGGGUUUAUUGAAGCUAAAAUGCGUCCUCUUCAAAUGUGAAUGGUUCGAUCCUGUUGUGAACCGAGGGAUUCGGUAUAACAAAUUUGGUGUUGUGGAUGUCAAUUUUGGGAGAAGAUACAACAAAUUUGAGCCUUUCAUUUUAGCUUCACAAGCCGAGCAAGUUAGCUUCCUUCCUUAUCCUCGGCUUCGAACUUCCGGGAUAAACUGGGUAACUGCUAUCAAAGUUACACCUCGUGGACGCAUUGUCGUUGGAGAAGAACCGCCCUUGCAAGAAGAAGACGCUAUCACUGAAGUUGAGGUACCAGAACAACCAACUGAUGAAAUCCUUUUGAUCGACCCGCAAAACUUUCAAUAUGAAGAUAUUCCCGAAGAUGCGACAGAUGAAGCACGUGAAGACGAGUUCGAGAGAAGCGACGAUGAUGAUUGUAAUGAUAGUGAUGAGAACGAAAACGAUUUAGAGUGAUGUAAUAGUGAUGAGAACGAAAACGAUUUAGAGUGAUGUAAUAUAUGUAUCAAAUGUUGGAUUUCUCUAUUGUAACAUUUUCUAAAAGAAAGAGUAAGAAGUAGUAUGAAAUAAGAUAUGAUGUUAGAUGAUAUGUGACUUUGGGGUUUAGGGAUUUC